CCUGUCAUUCUACUGCGGCUACUUCGGCUUUCAUCUGCUAGUGCCGCCCUCAACGUCUCCUUGGUGGUAGAACCUCUUCACUUUUCGGCGUCCGAGUGUCCUGUCGCCGCUCAGGCCUCCGGACCGGGCGGAAGAGGUUCUGACUCGGCCCCCAAGCUCUGCUGUGGCUCCAACGUCCCGGACCGCCCCAUCCUCUCUGCGGCUUUUGGGUGCGUUGGGGUCUCCAGAGUUCGCGAAAUAAGGCCGCGCUUCCUCAGGUUGUUUCGUCUGGGGCACCUGCCCUGAUCUGUUGGAAAACAUUCAAGAUUAUAAAAUUUAGAUGACCAAAAUGGAUAUCCGGGGUGCUGUGGAUGCUGCUGUUCCAACCAACAUUAUUGCUGCCAAGGCUGCAGAAGUUCGUGCUAACAAAGUGAACUGGCAGUCCUAUCUUCAGGGACAGAUGAUUUCUGCUGAAGAUUGUGAAUUCAUUCAAAGGUUUGAAAUGAAAAGAAGUCCUGAGGAGAAGCAAGAGAUGCUUCAAACUGAAGGCAGUCAGUGUGCUAAAACAUUUAUAAAUCUGAUGACUCAUAUCUCCAAAGAACAGACAGUUCAGUACAUACUAACUAUGGUUGAUGAUAUGUUGCAGGAAAAUCAUCAACGUGUUAGCAUUUUCUUUGACUAUGCUAAACGGAGCAAGAACACUGCCUGGUCCUAUUUUCUGCCAAUGUUAAAUCGCCAGGAUCUCUUUACUGUUCACAUGGCAGCAAGAAUUAUCGCCAAGUUAGCAGCUUGGGGAAAAGAAUUGAUGGAAGGCAGUGACUUAAAUUACUAUUUCAAUUGGAUAAAAACUCAGCUGAGUUCACAGAAACUGCGUGGUAGCGGUGUUGCUGUUGAAACAGGAACAGUCUCUUCAAGUGAUAGCUCGCAGUAUGUACAGUGUGUUGCCGGGUGUCUGCAGCUGAUGCUUCGGGUCAAUGAGUACCGCUUUGCCUGGGUAGAAGCAGAUGGGGUAAACUGCAUAAUGGGAGUUUUGAGUAACAAAUGUGGCUUUCAACUCCAGUAUCAAAUGAUUUUUUCAAUAUGGCUUCUGGCAUUCAGUCCUCAAAUGUGUGAACAUCUGCGGCGUUAUAAUAUCAUUCCUGUUUUGUCCGAUAUCCUUCAAGAAUCCGUCAAAGAGAAAGUGACAAGAAUCAUCCUUGCAGCAUUCCGUAAUUUUUUAGAAAAAUCAACUGAAAGAGAAACUCGCCAAGAAUAUGCUCUGGCUAUGAUUCAGUGCAAAGUUCUGAAACAGUUGGAGAACUUGGAACAGCAAAAGUACGAUGAUGAGGAUAUCAGUGAAGAUAUAAAAUUUCUUUUGGAAAAACUCGGUGAAAGUGUUCAGGAUCUUAGCUCAUUUGAUGAGUACAGUUCAGAACUUAAAUCUGGAAGAUUGGAGUGGAGUCCUGUGCAUAAAUCUGAGAAAUUUUGGAGGGAAAAUGCUGUGAGAUUAAAUGAGAAGAAUUAUGAACUCUUGAAAAUUUUGACAAAACUUCUGGAGGUAUCAGAUGAUCCGCAGGUCUUAGCUGUUGCUGCUCAUGAUGUUGGAGAAUAUGUGCGGCAUUAUCCAAGAGGCAAACGGGUUAUUGAACAGCUUGGUGGGAAGCAACUGGUGAUGAACCAUAUGCACCACGAAGACCAGCAGGUUCGCUACAACGCUCUUCUGGCUGUGCAGAAGCUCAUGGUGCACAACUGGGAAUAUCUUGGUAAACAGCUCCAAUCUGAGCAACCUCAGACUGCUGCUGCCCGAAGCUGAAGUGUGCCCUCCAGCCUUCCCAUUUCAGCUGCGACACAACACCUGGAGUGUGAAUCUCAGUAGUUAAAUAAUUUUUCAUUUUGUUUGUAACUUUCUUCUGUUGUGUAGCUUUCUCACUGUUGAUUUCUGGUAAAAGUGUUUGCCCAGUAACUUGUAUAAAAGUAGGUGCUUUCUGUAUCUAAGAAAAAUAUUACUGUUACAUAUGUUGCUUGUAUUUCUGUAUUUAUUGUACUCUAGAAAUGAAUAUAGUUAUUAAAGGAUUCUC